AUGAACGCCAUGGGUACCGCACUGUCCUACCUACGUAUACCUGCGCUUGCUACUUCUGGCCUUGCCGCUCUUGGUAGCAGUCUUCUCUAUUUCAAACAAAACGACAUCAUCUAUCCUGCAAGCAUCCCCGCUGGUUCAAGAACCCAAGUCCCUACACCCGACCAGUUUGGCCUUCAAAAUGCUCAGUCCAUAUCUUUUCCUACGCCCGACGAUCAAACUCUCCAUGCCUACCUCCUUCGUCCUCCCACUCCAGCGCUGAAGAAAAAUGUCACCCUGGUCAUGUUUCAUGGUAAUGCUGGCAAUGUCGGACACCGGUUGCCAAUAGGAAAGGUCUUGUCUGAAAGUCUGGGCUGUCAUGUAUUCAUGGUGGAGUAUCGAGGUUAUGGCAAGUCCACUGGCUCACCAGAUGAGAAUGGAUUGUCAAUCGAUGCUCAGACUGCCCUGGAUUAUGUUCGCAACCACGACGAACUGAGGAAGACAAAUAUCAUACUGUAUGGUCAGAGCCUGGGAGGUGCAGUUGCCGUCAAACUCUUGUCAACCAACGAGCAGGUCGGCGACAUUGCUGCUGUCAUUCUCGAAAACACAUUUCUGUCCAUUCGCAAAAUGAUUCCUGCUGUAAUGCCUGCCGCAAAAUACCUCACUCCAUUUUGCCAUCAACGUUGGGAUUCAGAGGCACUUCUGGCCAAGGUAAAAGACAAGAGCAUUCCUGUUCUGUUCCUCUCUGGAGGACGAGACGAAAUUGUUCCUUCCUCGAUGAUGAGGGACUUGUAUGAUAUGUGCCCGACCAAGAAGGUCUGGAGGGAGUUCCCAAAUGGCGACCACAACUCGACUGUCGCGGAGCCCGGUUAUUUUGAUGCGGUUUGGGAAUUCCUGGUCCAGGAUGCGCUUGGGUUGGAAGGAAUGGCCAAUCUGAAAAAGGGCGAGAUUGUUGUGGAUGAAGAUGAACUCUGGAGCUGA